AUGAGGCAGGCGUCCUUCUUCGAGGACAAGCACGUGCUAUCCCUCGGGUUUGGUUACAUGGUGGUCCUGGGGCUGGGCCUCUUCUUCUCCGUUUUCACGGCUGCUCUGGUUCAACACGGCAGGGCGAAGUUUCAAAACGGGGCUCAUCGCCAGUGUUAUUGUGUCCCAGGGAUCAGCGGCCCUUUCUGGUAUGCGUCUGGUGCUACAGUUCAGGUGCUGCUCUUUGGUGUGAUGGCCAUUGAAAUCAAAAGGAAGGCGCCAACAGCGCACACCAUCUGCGAAGUCGUCAGGGCCAGGGCUGAGUCCACCUGGAUCGCCGUAAAAACUGCAUCCAUGAGGCUAACAGACCUUGACGUGGAGCAGACCGCUUUCUUCCGAGACCUUAUUGUGCUCAGCUUUUUGAAGCCUCUUGGGGUCAUCUUCUACACGCUGUCAGGCGGUCUCAAGGCCACCUUCCUUGCGAGCUACGUCCACAGUAUCAUCAUCCACAUCGCUCUGAUGAUGUUCAUCUGGAUCGUGUACGCCACCGACUCGGACCUCGGCAGCCCGAAAGCCGUGUACAAUGCACUCAAGGCUGUAUCCAGUAAGACCAGGGACUGCCUUGACAUACCAGACGGGCAAAAGUGCGGCCCAGUUGCUGGCAACCACAAGGGGACCUACCUAACCAUGCUCUCAAAUGGAGGACUCACCUUUGGGAUCAUCAACAUCGUUGGAAACUUCGGAACGGUUUUCGUCGACAACGGCUACUGGCAGUCUGCCAUCGCAGCGCGCCCCUCCUCCUCUCACAAGGGCUACCUGCUGGGAGGCCUUGUCUGGUUCGCCGUGCCGUUCGCCCUGGCUUCCUCCCUAGGCCUCGCUGCGGUCGCGUUGGACUUGCCCCUUACGGCUGACGAGGCAAACGCGGGUCUACUUCCUCCGGCUGCCGCAAUCCAACUCAUGGGCCAGAGCGGGGCUGGCCUUCUCCUGGUCAUGCUGUUCAUGGCUGUCACUUCUGCCGGCUCCGCCGAGCUGAUCGCCGUCAGUUCCCUUAUCACGUACGACAUCUACCGGACCUACAUCAACCCCAAGGCCUCCGGAAAGCAGAUCCUGGCGGUCUCGCGUUACUGCGUCCUCGGCUUUGGGCUCUUCAUGGGAGUACUGGCGAUUGCGCUCCAAAAGGCGGGCGUUAGCUUGGGCUGGAUGUAUGAGGCCAUGGGCUGCCUCAUCGGUUCCGCCGUCUUUCCUGUCGCUUUCCUCCUCCUCUGGCGGAAGGCCAACGCUAUCGGCGCCUUGGCCGGCGCGAUCAUCGGAAUGAUUGCGGGCGUCAUCACUUGGCUCGUGGUCGCACAGGUUGACAACGGAGCCCUGAACCUGUACACGACCGGAAAGGACGGCCCCAUGCUGGCGGGUAACCUGGUGUCUAUCCUUACCGGCGGAAUUAUUCACAUCACAUCCAGCCUCAUCUGGCCCCAGAACUUCGACUGGGACAAGAUGAAGCAGAUCACCCUCGUCGAGAACGACGCCUCCGAUCUUCCCGACGACGAGUACGACCCCGCCAAGCUGGCGCACGCUAAGUGGUGGAUCAUCAAGUGGGGCUGCACCUUCAGCUUUGUCAUGCUCAUCCUGUGGCCCGUCGCAACACUCCCCGCGCGCGAGUUCGGCAUCGUCUACUGGACUUUCUGGGUCGUCAUCGUGCUCGCGUGGGGCACGAUUGCGUCAGUGGUGAUCAUCGUUCUGCCGCUGUACGAAUCCUGGGCCGGCAUCAGCCUGGUCCUCAGCGGCCUCUUUACCUCCGACGUUCUCUACAAGAAGGUCGAGGACCUGGAUGCCAAGAUCGACGCCAUCAUUCGAUCGAACCCAAGCUACGAAGCGGCGUACCUGCACCCCGGCACAAAGGAAGUUUCGCCCCCGCCCGAAGACUAG